AGCACAAUUCAACCACCAUUUUCCGAAUUAAGCUCCUUUUCUCAUUCCUACAUUUCAAUUAAAUUAGCUCUUAUUGUUGGCAUGGCUUCCAAAAAUCAGGCCUCAAUUACUCUUUUCUUAUCAUUGAAUCUCCUCUUCUUUGCUCUUGUAACUGGAACCAAUAAUUGUAGCACUUGUGGAAAUGGGGGCAGCUCUGGCAACGGCGGUGGCUCGGGCAACGGUGGUGGUUCGGGCAAUGGUAGUGGACAAGGAAGGUGCCCAAGAGAUGCAUUGAAACUUGGGGUAUGUGCAAAUGUACUUAAUUUGGUGAAUGUAGUGGUGGGGUCUCCUCCAACUUUACCAUGUUGCAGCUUAAUUGCAGGGCUAGCAGACUUAGAGGCUGCAGUUUGCUUGUGCACAGCCAUAAGAGCAAAUUUGUUGGGAAUAAACUUGAAUGUGCCACUUUCUCUAAGCCUAGUUCUCAACAGCUGUGGAAGGAAUCCUCCUACUGGCUUCACUUGUUGAUCAGUAACUUUUUCUAUCUGCUAAGUGAUUGAUAUCUACUUAUUAACUUCUACCGAAUUUCUAUCUUGUUAGCUUGAUCAUAUUAUGCUUGCCAAUGGCUAGCUCAGGCGUCAAUUAAUUUGUAUUUGUGUUUUGGAAUUUCUGUUGUGUUUCAAAUAAGUGAGCUUUGCAUAUGCAGCUACAUCACUUGAGUUUACGUAGUUCUGUCAUGUAGUCAACAGUCUCUAAGUCUUUACGUUUUUGGACCUGUUUCCUUUUGAAAUGUGUCAACUCAAUGAAUCGAAUGUUUUUUCUUCUCUUUGCCGUCAGCAUAACAUUUUUAUAAAAUUAAAAUAUUUAAUUCGAUU